AUGGCAGUGAAUCUCGACCAAGCUCUUUUCUCACAGUCAACCGGCAAGACGGUAUUGAUAACAGGUGCUGCACGCGGCAUCGGUGCUGCCACUGUACGCCAAUUUAAUAACCACGGAGCGAAUGUGAUUCUUGCCGACCUUACGCCGCUGAAAGAUGCCGCUGAGGAAGUCAUUCGAACACUAGCACAUCCAGACCGCGCGAUAUUUAUCUCUGUCAACAUCGUCAACUGGGCGGAAUUGACAGCCUGUUUCGAAGAAGCAAUAACCAAGUUCGGCAGUGUUGACAUUGUAAUUGCAAAUGCGGGAAUAAUGGAGUCUCACCCAGUUCUGGACUUAGAUGCCGUGGAUGAGAACGGGCGUCUUCUUGAAAACGAGGAGGCUGGGAGGGUUAUUGAUGUCAAUUUGAAAGGAACAUUGAACACACUACGCUUGGGAUUGCACUAUAUGAAAUCUAAGCCUGAACCGAAAGGAUCAACCAAAUCAAUCCUACUCGUUGCAUCUACAUCGAGCUACUUCGGCGGAACAGGGGUAACUGCCUAUAUUGCCUCGAAGCACGGAGUCCUAGGCCUCCUUCGGGCGUCUCAGAUUGUUGCGCGCGAGAACGGCGUGCGCAUUAAUGCUAUCGCACCGUUCCUGACGCCGACGCAUAUUACCGCUGGCUUUGCAAAGCGGUGGGAUGAGGCAGGCCUUGAGAAGAAUACACCCGAUAGGGUUGCUGAGGCUAUUGCAUUGGUGGCGUUGGAUCCAGAACGACAAGGGAAUUGUGUUUUGGUUGCUGGCAAAUAUCUUCGUGAAUUGGAGGAUUCUAGAACAAAGCUGUUCCCUUCUUGGUUAGGAGAAGAUGUUACUGGAUUUAUGGCGAAAGCUAUGCAGUUCUUUGUUAGUAUCGGAGGAUAUGUGCUUCCUAAGUAUUAG